CUGACCUAAACCGUUUGUUUUUUCACUUGUUUGUUUUACAAAACAAGUGAAUCAGCAAGAGCUCAAUCAGUUUUCGUAAAAAGAAAAUGUAACACUUCGUGCUCAGUUUCUCACAGCAUGCGAAUAUCGUUCUUUUUUUGUGCUUCAAGGACAUUUUCUAACAGGGCUAUUGGCUUUUCCGCUGUUAAAGUUGCUAGGCGCUUUUUGUUUUUGUAUGCAGUUGAGUUGUACGACAACCGAAGUUUUUCCAAAGUUUGCUCAGCAUUGUUUCGACAAUAAUUUGCGAACUAGAAAACACUUCUCUUUCAUGCACUCUUAUUCUCGCUGGUGUAGGAACGCUUUAAUGGACAGUUUACACUUACUUACAGUUGUCCGGGGGGAAAAGAGAUGACACAUUACAGCGUGGCUAGCUAACUGUUAACCGGCUAAUCUGGAGGGCUUAUUAAUGUCUAAGUCUAGAUAAGACUCGUUUAUAUCAAGUUCCUUGUCUUAGGCAUUGCUUCCGAUUGUGUUUAAACCGAUUUACGAUGAGGGUGUUGUUGAAAUCUAUUAUUUUCUAUUGAACCUGCCAAAGUAAUUCAAUUAAAAUGACCUCAGCUUAAACACAGCGCUGCUGAAUUCCCCAAGUCUGAUUGGUCAGAAGGUGUUUUGAUUGAUCUUCUGUAACUUCACCCUGUCUGUGAUGGAGCAGUACCAUGUGUUGGAGAUGAUAGGAGAAGGUUCGUUCGGGCGAGUGUACAAAGGUCGUCGGAAGUUUAGCGGCCAGGUUGUGGCUUUAAAGUUCAUCCCUAAAGUGGGUCGCUCUGAGAAAGAGCUGCGGAGCCUGAAGAGGGAGAUUGAGAUCAUGCGGGGACUCAAGCAUCCAAACAUAGUUCUGCUUUUGGACAGUUUCGAGACACAAACAGAGGUGGUAGUUGUGACUGAGUACGCUGAAGGCGAAUUGUUUCAAAUCCUGGAGGAUGAUGGAUGUUUACCUGAGAGCCAGGUGCGUGAGAUAGCUUGCCAGUUGGUAUCGGCCCUGUAUUACUUGCACUCCCAUCGUAUAUUGCACCGCGACAUGAAACCACAGAACAUCCUUCUGGGCAAAGGGGGUGUGGUGAAGCUCUGUGACUUUGGGUUUGCCCGGGCCAUGAGUGUGUCCACGCUGGUGUUGACUUCCAUUAAAGGGACUCCUCUGUACAUGUCUCCGGAGCUGGUGGAAGAGAAACCCUACGACCACACAGCUGACCUCUGGUCUUUGGGUUGCAUUCUCUAUGAGCUCCACACGGGGGCGCCGCCGUUCUACACCAACUCCAUCUUUCAGCUCGUGCAGCUGAUCGUGAAGGACCCGGUCAAAUGGCCAGAAAAUAUGAGCCAGGGCUGCAUGAGUUUUCUGAAGGGUCUGUUGAAUAAAGACCCCAGGAAGAGGCUGGCCUGGCCUGGCCUGCUUCACCAUCCAUUUGUUGCAGAUGGAGUCAUAGUUUUACCAGAGGAGGGAUCGUGCAGCCCCCUGACCAUAAUGCCCAGUCCAGACAUCCAAGCCAUGAAGCAGCAGCAGGUGGCAGAAAAAUCUGCACCUCGCAGUGGAGAGGGCAAAUUAUUGCGCAGAGCCAGAGACCUGUAUGACAAAAAGCAGAAGAAUAGACAGGACCAGUUGAAGAACGGGAAAGCGCUUGUUAACAGCCAGCCUCGCACCAAAACUGCCCCGGCUGGAGAAGCCCCCACCAGCAACCAUUCAUUGGGCAGCACCUUUACAGUGUGUCGAAAUUCAGCUCAUCCACCAGCCAAUCAGCAUCAAGCCAAUGACAUUGGUGUUGCCAGGGUGAGUUCGGCUCCGUGUAAGGGCCCCAUCAGCAGGGACUAUGAGAGAGAGUUUCCUUCAGUGGAAGUGGGGCCGGGGUUAAUGGUGAGACGCUCCAGACCUGGACACACCAGCUUGGCUUCUGUUAGGAUGGACAGUGAUGAGCAAGAUGUUAACAGUGAUGAAGAGUGGCAGCGGUUGGCUGAAGUGACGGAUCACAUGUCUCUGCUUAUGGAUCCCCACAUCCAUCAGAAACUGAAGAACAAGCUCCUCAGAUGCAAGGAGCAGCUCCUUAAUGGAAAGUUGGAAGAGCCUUCCACUAUUCUUCGACUCCUUAAGAUCCUCACUACCAUUAUCCUCAACUCAGACCCUGCUGAUGCCAGGAGAAUUGGCGAGGAGAUCGACGUGCUUCACAUUUUAUUUAGUCUGACUGAGGUGAUGCUAAGCAGUCCUGAAGUAAUGAAGAAGCCGUGGAGCGAGAGGGUGCUGGCAGAGCUGACGGCUGUGCUUUUGCCGAUUUGGGAGAACCAGCCUGACUGGCAAAUGAAGGAGAAGAGAGCUGAGGAUUUGUGCCAGCUGUUGAUAUCAUUAUUUCUCCAUCCCGACCCAAACGCUCUGGCACCACAAGCAGCCGCAAUCCUGAGUCUGUUUGUUCACUACGGUGUGUGUGUAAACAUACACAUGGACAGACUUAUGGCUCUUCUUGAGGAUCUACUGUCAGGACCAGAGCCUCAUUACCCUUUACCUCCUGGCUGGGGCAUGUGCGACGGUGUCCUGGCAUUAAUUCAUUAUUUACUCAAUGAGAAUGAAAGCAGUGUUCUAUAUGAUUUUUUGAACUCUGAGGUUUGGUGUCACUUGUGGACUAAAGUUGGCACUAUUCUGGAAAGCACAGCAGCCAAACCUGAUUUUCUCUCAGUUGAUGGUCUCUAUGUCCUUUUAUCCAUUGCUCUGUUUGCUUUCUCCACUGAGCCUCACGACUGCCUUUGCCUGUUUUUUGACGACGACAAAAAACUUAUGCGCAUCCUCACUCGCCUCUUGACUACAGAUAGCAGCUCAGCACCACUUAAAAGGGGUCUCCUGUGGGGUGGCUCUGAUAUGAAUAGUCUAGCCGUGAUGAGCUGCCAGUUACUGUGCUUUCCGUUUGCUGUGGAGCUGCCCCAGGAGAAAAUGGAGAAAAUUCUCCACUCGUAUCAAAGCCUGAAUAUAGUGGAAGGCUUAGUUCAGGUAAUUCAACUCCAAUCCCCUGCUCUCUUAGAGCUUCCGCUUUCUCUGUUGCGCCGUCUUUGCCUGUCCUCCCCCAAGUAUGCUGUUCCAAGCUUCAUCACAGCAGCCCAGGACUGUGGGUUUCUUCCCCAGAGUGUACCAUCAGACCAAUCCCUAAAUAACCUUAACCAGUCUGGGAAUGCAGCAGAGCAGCCAAGGCUUAAUGGCACCCCUUAUAAAAAACAGUUAGAAAUGGGCAAAAUUGAUUGGGAUCACUCUAAGAGAACCACAGACAAAAUAAAAGGCAGUGUAAAUAAAAGUAAGGACACAAGAGAUUCUCCUAACAUGCACUCCCAGCUAUCCAAAAACAAGUCAGCGAAGGUGAGGGAAAAAGGCUUUCAUUCAAAGUUCAAGCAAGAUAUGAAAAUUCUCAGCAUGGAACACCUUCAAGAUAGUAUAGAGCAGCACAGCGAAGGUGUGGAGGAGCUUCUAGACAGCCUGGAGUUUCACAAAGGCUUCUCAGACCAUCUCACAACACGGCACAAGAGCAACCUAAACUGGUUUAUUGACAGUUUAGAGCAGCCCAAGAACAGCACAGGUCACACUACUGUAAUUAAGGGUUGUCCUAAAGCAUCGGAGGUCAAAAGUCAACCUCCUCAGCCUGAAUUUAGGACAGCAAGUUCUCUCAUGUCCAUGCUGCUGCAGACUGAAUCCUUGUUUGGGUGUGCAGUGCAGCUUCUGUCUCUGCUGUGUCAGACUUGCACACCUGGCUCGGCCUUUUCUGCUGUACCUGUGGACCCGGUUGUGGUCCGAGCUGCCCUACGACACCAUGAUGACGGGGUCCGAGCCGCUGGCUGCAACCUCUUGGCUUGCCUGGAGCCAGAUUUGGGACCGGCCUCUCCCAGAUCAAAUGCAGGACCAAACUGGACCAUCGAGCCUGCAGUGUUCAAGGACUUGCUAAGCCGCUUAUCUGAUUCUGCGCCUUCUGUCCGCAGGAGCGCUUGUGUGGCUGCAGUAAAGUGGCUAGGCAUGAUGAGAAAGACUGAAGUCACAUCAAAGAGGAACCAGCAUUUACAUGGGCCUGAAUGCAGGAAGAGAAUCGUCAGCACUCCAGCUGUUACCAGCAAAGGAAGAAUGAGGAUAAGGGUUGAGGGUAUCAAACAACCGAUAAAGGGCGAUUCUGGCUCUCCUUUAAGUUUUACAGGUACUUCUAUAGAGGGAGAGGAGUGGCUCAAAGUCGCCAUGGGAGCAGCCUCUCCAGCGGUUUCUCUCCUCUCAGAUUCUGAUGCCGUCAUUCGACGACAAGGCUGCAUCAUCCUAGGGUGCGUGGCUGCCAUUACAGGAGGUGAAAGAGCACUGAUGAGUGCGGAUGCUCCCCAUCAACUCCUGUGCCUCACCCGCGCCGACUCCCAUCAUGCAGUGCGCCGGCAAGCCUUGGCGGCCCUGCGUGCGUUUAGUCAACAGGACGCAUUGCAGCAGGCUCUGAAGUCCAUUGAAGCUGAGCUUAAACUCCACCACAUAUCCCAGCGUUCUUCACUUCAGAGCAAUUACAGAUGGAUGGGUCAAGCAGAGGGGAAGGCGUUUAAACUUGGACAAAGAUUAAAGCCUGUAACCUAAUCAAUCCCAAUGACAAUGUGCAGAAAAUAGAAAUCAUCAGUAUUGUACAAUUCUCUAGAAUGUUCAUACUUAUGAUUAGUAAACACUAAGGAUGUGCUGCAAUGACAUUGCUUCAAAAAAAAAAAAAGGACAUUAUUUGGAGACCUGUCUGUUCAAACAGAUUUGUCAAGAUCUUCAAUCUACUCUUCAUCUGUAAACUCUAAUGUAUAUUUAUCAUAUUAUCAUUUUUAUAGAUUUUUUUUUUUUGUGAAGAUUUUGUAACGUCACGAACACUGAAUAAAUUAUUUGGAAAAAAAAAUGUUUUUGGAUUUAAAUAAA